AUGAAUAUAUUAAAAUUAGUUCUUUUGUUUCAUCUAAUCAUGUUAUUAACACACAAUAUUAAAAUCCAAUCGUUAAAUAUAAAGGGGGAAGAACAAAAUUAUCAAAAGUUAAAAAGUCAGGAAAAUAGUGCCCCUGACAUUUUCAAUUUGUUUUCCAUAAAAUCGACAAACAAAAAACCGACAUUCAACUUUUUCUUAGAAGAAAAUAGAAAUGUAUGGUUACGGAGAAUACAAAACAACGAACGACGAAGAAGUGUAAGGAGAAACUUUGCUGACUUUCAAGAGAUAAGGCAAAAUGAUUUGAUCAGAUUUCAUGAAUUAAUGGUUGUACAAAAUGAACAAAUUAACAUUAUAAAAGAUAAACUUUUAAGAAUGAAAUGA